AAUUUUUUCAGAUAUGUUCACUAGAACGAAAAGUAGAUUUUUUUUGUUUUUUUUUUUUAAAAAAAAAGAAAGAAAAAACAAGCCACAAAAUUUGAUAACUUGAAAAACAAGAUUAUUGUUUUUUAUGUCUAAACCAAUUUCAUUUUAUCUGGCCAUUGCACCCACCUCCCUUCCCCCCAUCUCAUCCCAUCUAACCUCAUCUAUCCAUCCAUGAAGCCUAUCUUCCCUUCCUAACCUUACGUUUGCUUCUUCCUUGGCAUAGUAAUCUCCUCCUCUUUCGGUAUCUUGCAUUUAUUCAAUCAUCAGUAAAAAAAACCCUAAUUGGAAGUGCAAGUAUUAGAGAGGUAUGUCAAAAAGAGGAGGAACAACCCCUGGGCUUCAAAAGGAUGUCCCAUGGAGGGUAUCAACUUCAAAACCCAUUCCCAAAAUUCACCACUCUCCUAUUCUCCGCGUCUCUCAAAACCCAUUUUCCGAUUAUGCCGUCUCUGUCAUGAAGCACCCUAAUCCCAUUGGAACUGGCUUAGCUGCUGAAGCGCUUGUGGAAGCUGCUGGUCCUGAUUGUAUCGUCCCUGGCCAGAUUACUCCCUUUCGUGUGCUUGGUCUUAAGGUUUGGCCUAUUGAGUUUGACUUGAAGUUUAUGGAACCUGUUGGACGAGAACUUAAGUUACUUGGAAAGUUCAUGGAUGAUGCUGUCAACCUGAUGAACAAGUCAUUUGUAGACCGCUAGUUGGUUGGUGUUUUUGGUUAUUGCUGGCAGCUGCAGUUUGGGUUCGCCACUAGCAGAAGCCUAGCCAAGCAGAGUUGCUAUAGAUAAGAUAUCCUUUUAUGUUAUCUUCCUUGCCAAUUUCUAGUUCUAAUGACAAUUUCAAGUCAGGAGUCGGACAGUUUUAUGUUGGAUGCUGACGAGGAUUCUGUUUCUUCAAUGUUCAUUUGACCCUACAGUUUUGUCCUGCUUGCGUUUUCUCUUAAAAUUCAAUGACAUUGAAAAUCGACCACACUUGCUUAAAUAGAUGUGGUUUAAAAAAAGGUCUGGAGCAUGUAGUUUUGAUGUUUCUAAUGCCUAUGAGAAGGAUUAUUGUUGGUUUA